AUGGGCAAGAUCGUUGUGAAGGUGAUUGUGCUCUUGUUUGGUUCCUUGGGCCUUGGAAUUGGUAUUGCUCUAGUGCUUAUCCUGGUCAUGCGGUUCACACGCCUGGGGCGUUCGGCGCACAAUGCGAUCCUCUUCCUGGCUGGAUCCCCCUUCAUUUGCUAUACUCUGGCUGAGCAAGUGGGCAUGUCAGGCAUCAUCACCGUCCUUUUUGCCUCGAUCAUGAUCGGCGGCUAUGCUCCCACGCAUCUCACUGCCGAGGCAACGACCUUGACCUCCUUCUUCCUGAAACAAUUGGCCUCCGUCGGUGACACCGUGGUCUUUGUGUGCUGCGGUGUGCAGGCGGUGCAGUACCAUAAGGAUGGCUUCAUGAUGUCGCUUUGGAUCAUGCUUGCUUGCCUUUGCGGCCGGGCUGCUGCUGUUUUCCCCAUGAGCGGCCUGUGCAACCUCAUCAAGUGGGGUGUGAGUCAGAAGGUGCCCAAUGAGAAGAAUCACUACAUCAGCUGGCGCCACCAGGUGAUGCUCUUCCAUUCAGGGCUCCGUGGUGGGAUCGGGUUAGUGCUCUCUUUGGAGCUCGGAACGUACGUAGAUCGAGUGAAUGGGCCAGGCACCAAAGAUUCCUUGGUCUAUGCCACUUUUGUGAUGAUUUGUGCCUUGGUCUUCGGCGGCUCCACCGCCGUGACGCUGCGGGCGCUGCGCAUCCCCUAUGGUAACGAUGUGGCCAUGGACGCAUGCCUUUAUGGCUCGCGGGAGGAAUCGGGCAUCUUCUAUCUCAUUGGGGUGCGCUUCCGGCGACAGGUCUUGAAGCCCUUGUUGGUGGGACAGUCGGCUGACAGGGUGGAGGAUCAUAUUCAGGUGAAUCUCACCGCCGCAGUCAUCCAGGAUGCCACCAGUCGGCAAGCCAGUGCGGCCUUUGGGCUUCGCAGGCGGAGCACGGCAGCGAUCCUACCCGAUUCCUACAACGCCAUGAGCUUGUUCGGCACCACCGACCCCGCGCACGUCGAGAACGUCGAAGAUGCGGUGCAAGCCGUGGGCACAGGUGAGUCGGAGGUCUUGAGCAACUUGAGUUCCAUCAGCGAUGAGGAGGACGAGGAGAGCUUUGAGGAGGCAUGA